UGACUGGAUCCCUGAAUUCUAGAGGGAAAAACAUGAGCAUUUUUGGGGGUUCUUUCUUUGCAAUAGCAUUUUCUACUAUACAGUACAAAUUCAAGUACAUUUGGUUCAGCUGAUCAAGUGCUUCACCUCGGGAAAAGAGAAGCCUACCAUUUUCACAGAAUUCAGAUCUCAUUGUGCAUAUGACCGAGAACUGAAGGCAACUUCCUUUUCCUUUCGUAGGAAGGCCCUUACAUAGGUAUAAAAAACUUCUAUGAAUAUGAUGUCGGCUCAGAUUGAUAUAAAAUCGUCCUGCACUCUGUAUUGUGUUAACCAAAAAAAACAACUUUUGAUAAAGGUAUGGGGAUUUUAAGGGAUUCUUUAUUGUGUACCUUUAUAAUAGGGCAACUCAUUUUUUCAUACCAUGGAUUGGCCAUGUAUCUUAUCAACAACAAGAGUGUAAUCAUUCAUAUUUUUUUUAAGCAAUUAUGAGUAAAAAUACAUAAGGCUGGCUGGCAUGUUCAGACAGUCUCUUAGCUGUUUAUUUCAUUUAUUUUAUCUGUUCAUCUAUCUAUCAUCUCUCUCCCAUAGAGAUCCUUUUAGAGAUCUAAGAGGAGAUGCACGAGGGACACUUAUGUAGUUCACUUCAUCUAUGCUGAGGUUUAGGUGUGUUAGACUUGACAUGAAAGAGGAAGAGAUGUAUUCUUUGGUUUUUCUGAGAGUAUGUGUGUGUGUGCAUGUGUAGGUGUGUGUAAGAGAAAUAAAAGUCACAAGUCUUCCGGGAUGUUUCAUUCCAAGCCAACAGUUGAGAGGGUGUAUUGAGAUGAACUGGCAGUAAUGGGAAUGCAUUUUAAAUAUCUCAAGAUCGAAUAAACUUCAAAGAUUGUUAAUAAUAAGCCAGUUUGUUAUAAGUGAGCUAUAAGGACAAUCGUGAUGGAUUCUCUCCCUGCUAAGCAUGGAUUGAAAGGCAUGAACAUGAACAUGAACAUCAGUUCAACAGUUCCAAAAGGGGACCUUACCAGGUCCCAGGUUUCUUGGAUCCUGACGGUUGCGAUGUGUAUGGUGGCGCUGCUAUUUGUUUGCCUGUUCACCUUCUUGCUUUGGCUGCUUGCUCGGCACAUGAGAAAUAACACCGGCAGGCGCCGCAGACAGGAGAGUAAUCGAGAGAAAGAAAACGAUUAUGAGACGAUGAGCCCUGUUGGACCUCCUCGGCCCGAGUCCAAGUUUGUACGUUCUGGUCGUAAGAAAAGAGUUCUGCCGCAACCAGCACCAAACACUGUCCCCACAAAGCCGCGGCGUCCGACGGUCAGCGCCUGCAUCACCAUAGACCUCAAUGAACACUCCGAUGUUGCUGAUUCCGGACAGACGUGUCUCUACCAAAGCCUGAACCUCAACCUGAAUGAGGAGAGUGUAUAUCACACAAUGCUUUAAUUUUUUUUUAACAAUUCCCACUUUAUUUCUGGUAAAAUCUGCAUGUCAUGAAUGACAUAGGCCUAUGGAGAGGAAGGCAUAUUCUUUUUUCUGGACACUUUUUCUAACUAAUUCCCAAAUGUUACUUUAUUGGAACCACAAGAGUAACCAUGAAAGUGGUUUGAUCCAAAAGAUGACCCUGGGUUAUAAUGCUACAUGGGCUUUGGGGCUUGUCUUCGAAAAAUUGUAUAUUGCACCAGCCUGACUUAGGUGUAUGCCUACCUAGCCGUAAUCACUUGUAGAAUAAAGCACCCAUAACCUUUUUCCUGAGUUUGUUUCUAUUAAUUACAUGUACAUUAUAGGCCUAUGUAUAUAAACCACAUCUCUUUUAAUAUCUAACAUGCUAAAAUGAACCAUGUCAGGAAGUUGCAUCAACAAAAUGACAGAAAAAGUGAAUAGAAUAACUCAGAAGUGUUUAGUGUGACAAGAAAGGAGAAGCAAACCGAGAGAAGAGGAAGCGGAACUUCAACACGGCGCCAUUAAAGCCCCGGAGGGUUGUGGGGAGCAGAGCGGCGUCUCAGGAACAUGAAGGCCGCGGUCCCUUUCCUCAUUCUCCUCAGUGGCUGUUGCAUGACUUGGACGGAGGCCCUGACCGUUAAUGGAUUGGUCGGGGGAACAGUCAGAAUCAAAUGCACUCACACCAAUGCGCAGAGCAACACCAAAUACUUCUGUAAGGGAGAAUGUCGUGACCAGGACGUUCUCAUAAGAAGUAAGACGGGAGGAUCGGAUAAGUAUUCUAUCGAAGACAAGGGAAACACAUUCAUCACAACUAUUAUGAAUCUGCAGCCAGAAGACACUGGGACUUAUUGGUGUGGGAUAGAAAGGACAGGAAUCGACACAUUUGUUGAUGUGUAUCUCAAGGUCAACAAUGACAAACAAAAUGAAAGCUUACGAGAAGAAAGCCUUUCUGAUCAGUUGACAUAUAUAGGAGUUGCCCUUGGUGUUGCUGUGUUGGUGCCAGCCCUGGUUCUUCUGAUCUUCUGCAUGAAAAAACGCAGAAGAGCCUCGUUUGCUUCAGACAAAAACCAAAGCACCCAUGAAUGUCCAGGAGACCCGAGUAGGAACAGCCUGCUUCCCGCCUCAUUGACCAAUCCGCACCCUGAUAGCACUAUUUACUCCAAUGUCAGUGGGUUUCCAAAGCCUCAGGACCAACCAGAUGAGAGUGUGUCGGUCCCCUCCAGUCCAGAGCAGCCCGGUGUCUUCUACUCCACUGUGAGCUACAACAAUGAUUCCAAGGGUGUGGCCCUCUUAACGGAUACAGACUCUGUCAUGUAUUCUACCAUUCAAAAGACAAAGUAAGGGCCUGGAUGUAAAUAAUUAAGAGUGAUUCUGCUUUCGGAAAGUACUAUUAAUAGUGAUAAUAAUAACUGUACUGCUAUUAACAGUUUUAUUUAUUGUGUAUUGUGGGGAUAAUAAUCAAAAUAUGUUUCCUAUUUUCUAUAUUUUUAUCCUUUCAAUUGUCAUUCGUCAUGUUCUGAAGUCAUUCAAAUUCUUGAAUGGAACUUUCUUCUGUGAUGUUGGCAACUGAAAUGAAUGCAUACCAAAAUGUGCAUACAGGCAAACAAUCACACACACACACACACACACACACAAAUACACAACCGCACAGAUGUGAAAAUAUGCAAACAUUUGAAUGAAUCGAAUUAGAGAGCAAAUCAGCAAUCAAAGAAGGGCAAUAUGUUUACAAAACUCUCCUUUUGAGAACCAACAACCAACAUCCUUCAGUAACACUUAAAGGGGACCUAUUAUGCUUUUUCGACUUUUAUGACCUAUAAACGUUGUUAUAAUGAUUGAUAGUCAUGUUUAACCAUACACAAAAAACAAUGUAGAUUUUCGGGAAACUCUUCCUCUCAUCUGGGCGCUUUCAGCAUUCUCUGUCAACGCUCGGUUUCUUCCUUCUCCGCCCCCCUCGCCCCCCUCCUGCCAACCCAACUCUGUUGUGAUCGGUUACCUUCCUUAAAGCGCGAGAGCGGGCAGAUUCGACCGGGCAUAUGGGGGCGCGGCAGGAGUGCCCCUACGUAGUAGAUGAUUUCCCGGAAAUGUGAACAAGUGAAUCGCAAAAGUUGUCCCGAGUGUUUAGCGCUCUGCACAGCCACCCCAGACUGUCAGCAGGGAAUAUGUUGAAAUGCAUGUACGUCAUUAUUUGACACUUUAGUAUGGUUAAACAUGACUAUCAAUCAUUAUAACAACGUUUAUAGGUCAUAAAAGUCGAAAAAGCAUAAUAGGUCCCCUUUAAGAAGAUAAUUACAUCUUACAAGAUGGUUUUUCAUGCAGAUCAAUAUUUUUAACAUGAGGUGGCAAGUGUAGUCCACCAGGUCAAUGAGCUAGGACUGAUAUCUAGCUGAACUGAAACAGAAAAGAUAUAAGCUUGAUGAAACAAACAAAAGAUGUACCUACCUCACCAGUUUGAUCCAUGUUUCAAAUUGUUCUCCACGUCACCGCUAGAGAGAACCAUAUAGUAUAAUGUGUCCAUCGUAAAGUCAGCGUCUUUCGUGAUUCUUAUACAUUGGCCACUAGAGGGCAGUGCUUCUUGCCAAAUUAAUUAAAUAAUAAAUCACACGAAAUAUGUGUCAUGUUUGAAAAGGACCUGUGUAUGAAUAAUUAAUAUAAACAUUAUUGUAAGAAUAAUAAUUCAACUCAACGAGUUGAAUGUGUCAGUAGUUGCUGCAAACAUUUGAUUCCGAAUUAAUCUAACGAUCACUUCUAAUUUUAAAACAUUUAAAUGUAAUGAUGGGGAGAAAGAGAGAGUGUGAGAGAGAGAAGUGAAAGUGGGGGAGUGUAACACGAUAAACACUAUAUUUUGCUUAUUAGGGCUAGGAACAAUAAGUUUUACAAAGCUAUAAUUAGACCACGUUGCCUAUGUAAUCACUGACAACAGGGGACAUUUCAUAGUUGGACAUUUUAGCGUGCCGACAGGCUUUCGUCGGGACGCGGAACCCGCAACUCAAAAUCGGGACUGUCCCCGCAAAACCGUGACAUCCGGUUACCCUAAAGGGCUUUUAAUGGUUCCACGUUCCCGCAAUGCAAGGGGGUUACGGACGGUUACGGACCCCUUACGUCCUUGCGUAGCCUACUCUCCUUGCGUCCACCGUAAGUGCCGGACGUGCGCCUCCCAAAAAUCGUAACCUUCCGUCGAGGCCACACAGCAGCAUUGGCUGUGAUUGGUCCGCUUACUAAAACCCAAUGCAGAACCAUAAACGUCCACGAAUGCGUUGAAGCGUCUGCGUGGUCAUUGCGGCCUUAAUGACGAUCGGAUGGUUGUGGGUAUCAAUUGUUGAAAAAAACAUUGCUUCGGGUGGAUAUUGAUAGCAGGCAGCAGGUGCAGAUGACAUUACAGCUCAUCUGUGCAUCUCUUUUAACUACUGGACUGACAUCAUAAUGCCUAGUAGGCCUGGCCAUUGCCAAAUU